GCUUAUUCGAGGAUUUACCGUACUGUACAGAUAAGGUGUCUUCGCUUCUGUAAUUUUGCCUGGUUUCCAUUUUUAAAGUGAAUUGCACGGAUCAUUUUAGAGUUUAGAAUAUAUUUUCUGUGUAUGACAUAGAAUGCAGUCUGGAGCUCCGGAACUUUCUAUUGUGACAAGAGUGUUGCCAUCCGAGAAUAAGGCCCCAGAACAGCUCUUGCUUGAGAGGAGAGGGCCUUCACUCUCCCUCUCACUUCAUGUUUUAAGCUGCUCUGGCCUUUUUAUUUUUCAGCACUCAUACACAGUGGCGGAUUAACCAAUACCAGGAUCAAGGGCCUUAGGUAUUUUAGGGCCAAUUUUUGCCAAGAAAAAUGAUAUUACAUAAUAACAAAGCUUUAACACCAUUAACAUAUACUGCAAAAACUUGAAGCAGCAAGUUUAGAUGUAUGGCAAUUACAAAUUAAGAUAAAAUGUAACUACAAAAAUGUCAAACAAUAUGUUUCCACCAUAACAUGCCUUGUAUCAACAUCUUUAUUUUAAGCUGCAAAGUUAAAAAAUAAUUUUAUGAAUUGGAAGCAAUUUCUCAGCUCGAUGUUGAGAAGAGACAGGCUACCCAGUCAUGGCUGACCUAUAGUUUUUGCUGUUCUUUUCUCAAAAUGCUUAGCAAAAUCAACCAUAAUGAGCUUUGUAUUGUGACAUAUCUUUGGAAAACUGCUCUUUUGGUGACUUUGAGCUGUUUCUCUAUUUGCUGACUGAAUGUAAUUUUUUACUUGCUUUGCAGACUGAGAUUUGGCCAGGGGGGGGGGGGUACUACACCCCUAGCACCUUCAAAGUAGCUAUGGCCCUGCAUGAUAUUGCAUAUUAGAAUGGAACUAAAGCAGAAGAUAAAUUCUUAUUUCUUCAAAGUCAAGUGUCACAAUCACACUUCCUUUCUUGGCAAUCCUGGAAGUGACUUUUUCCUAUUUAUCUAAGCACAACUUCAUUCUUAUCUCAUUUUCAACUUUGUCAAGAUAGAAGUCUCAGCAGUUCCUUCAGCUCCUUCUAGUGUUGUGUUUUGUGCAAAAGUGCUAUCAAUAUCAUCAGUUAUAGGAGGUAGAACAGUUUAAGUUUCUUAUGUUUCAAUCACUUCUAUUUCCUGAGGCUGGAUGAACAAUCUCAAUCUGUUUUUGGUUGUUUGACUUCCACUUUUCUUGAUUAUUUGCAUAUCUGAAAUUUUUGCACCAGCCGGAAUGGAUUAUAAGGUAUUAAUGGAUUAAUGGAUUAUAAGGUGUUCCAAUCACUUCAUAAGGAAUUUUUUAUACCUAUCAACCAUUUCUUUAAUUACAUUUUUCAUUAUGUCCCUUUCUUAAACCUUAUGUCAAACAUGGCUUUGAAAUUAAAGUACCUCUACCUUUCACUUCUUUACUUUUGCCUACUUUGUAUAAAUGUAUGCUUCCUAGUAUGAUCUAUUCUAACUUUGGUUUUCUUCCAAUUUGAAGCUGUUCAUAUUUGAGAUACAGUUCACACUGACAAAAGGGGUGUUGUACCAAGCCAAAUUCAACCUUGCCAGAUUAUUAUCAACAUCAGAUAUUAAUAUUUCCAGAAUGAAGUUUUAUCAGCAGAAAACAUUUAUAACUUGGUCUAUGAGCAAUGGUUGAUGUCCGAUCUGCGUGUUAUCAGUGAAGCGUCUUUACCAAACAGUCUCUCAUCACUGGAAGGAGAAAAAACAUUGAGCGGCGUUUACAAACUACAGGUCAAUGUUGCGAUCAAUAGUAGUACUUCUAUGUAUUCUCAGAUGAGAAAAAUCGAAAGACUAGAAGGAGAUGAAGAUGUGUUAAGGGAAAAAAUUAAUCAAGAAGAAAAAAUUUGCAGUGAUGGGAAACAGACUGAGUUGAGACAAACAUCCAGAAUGCUAUUCUUUGAAUUAACUGAUGGGUUGCAAGUCGUCAAUGCGAUUGAAUACAGCUACUUACCAUUUUUCAACGACAAUAUUACCCCUGGUUUAAAGAUAGAGCUGAAAGGGCCAGUCGUCUGCAGAGAUGGCCUAUUGCUUCUCUGUCCUGAAAACAUUCACAUUCUUGGAGGAAGUGCAGAAGAUCUUAGACACGAAUACGAUUUAAUGAAAAUUUUUCAAAAUAUGUUGUCCUCCAAUGAAAGAAUGCUUGGAGAUCAGGUUCGUAAGGGGAACAAUAGAAAGCCUGAUACAGCCUCUUUGGAUAUCGAACACCCUUCUGCACUGAAACAAGAACGUUUACGCAAAGAACAAAAUUUUCUCGAUGUUAAUUCCAAAUGUGCUUAUCCUGACGAUGACGUCAUCUUGGAUAUGGAGGAUGAUUUCAUAUUCGAUGCAGAAAUCGGCCCAGCUAAUGUUAUUGAAGCUGUUUUUCCAGAAGACGAAGCGGCCUCUGAUGCAGUCUGUUUGGAGGCCAUAGAUUCUAUUGUUGGUCCGUCUACGUCAUUAGCUAGCUGUCCUAAUCAAAGUCUUAAUCAAAGUGCCACCUUGAAGUGUCGCUCAAAUUGUCAAAGCAAAACGGAAAGCGAGGAAUUGUUUUUGCUAGAUUUUAUCACAAGAGCAUCUAUCAAGAAACACUGUAUAAAGGCCUACAUCGUCACACUGCUUUCGAAACUAGAUAUACAGAAGACGUCUUCUAGCCUUUCUGUUUGCAUCGACGAUGGUUCUGCCACCGUGAGUGCACUUCUGUCAAACCAGGUAAUUGAAAAGGAGUUAGGCUUCGCAUCGUCUUCGAUACGGGAAAUUUCAGAAAAAUCUACAGGUAUACCUGAAUCUAUGAAAAAGGAGUUAGUUCACUGUCAGCAGCGAUUAGCAAAUUCUCGAUGGAAGAUGCAUGUUGUUAAAACAGAUGCGCAGAAGUUGACUAUUACAGACAUGACUGAGUGGCCUGCCUUGGAAUAGAAAUUUGCUGCUGUUGUUCCAAUGUCGUUAUUUUUCUUUGUGUAUUAAGGAAAACAAGCAAACUUUCGUAAGGUCCUCGUUGCAUACCAGAAAUUCUGUGAACUAUCGACUUAAUCUCAGGUCACGUAACUUAAGUCACGUAAGAAGGAUUAUUAAAUGAAUUCUGCUAUUAGAAUUCAGUUAAUUGUGUUAGUCAGUUGGCCAAGAAUCCUAUUCGAAAACAGUUGUAAGUAGAGAAUGUCAGUUAGUGGUAUUUCAAAAUAAAGCUAGACCCACAGUCCUCUUGAUAGAAUCAGAUGAAUACAGUAUGA